UAAAGGCCUAACUAACUGUGUUUAUAAGCUAGACGCGUCUGAUAUAUCCAUAUCGCUUCACGGCAGACGGACAUUUAUCGUCUGUUAGUUAACUUGGAGAUCGCUUAAAAUUGCUGAGAGGAGUCGAGUGAGGAGACGAAAUCGGAGUCGCACCUUUUAUGUUUUUAUUCUAAUCAGGUGUUUAGAUCAGUAGACGUUUUUCUUCAAUAUUAAUAAUAAUCAUUAUUAUUUUUUUAAAAUUCUCAGUUGUCGAAUUCGUAGAUUAUUACAAGUCUGGUCGUUUGGAAGAAAAUAUAAAAAGACGAAGCGAUUAAUUCAGAAAAAAAAUCAACUAUUCGUUAAUUAAUACUGUCGCAUUUAAUGGUAUUUGAUUUUGUAUAAAGUUUUGCGUGACCGGGAGGAAUUCUAAACUGUGUUACGACAGAGUUAAAUAAAAUCUUAUCAGGUGACAUAUCUUAAGAAAAGACUUUUUUUAAUUCUGGAUUAUUUUCUUGGUGUUGUUUUUUGUUGCACAAGUGAUAAGAAACACUUAAAAAGGUAAUUAAAACACAUUAAAUCGAGAGUGGCUUCAAAUAGUGUUUUGAAAAUUAGAAGAAAUCUACGCGUGUAGGAUAUGCUCAGGAAAUGAUAGAAUUCAUUGGAUUUUAAUCAUCAACUACAGGGAGGUCUGCAAAAUAAGUAGCUAAUUAAACAAAAACAGUAUAUGCGUCGAUCUUAUUAGUAUUUUAUUUGGGACUGACACAUGGUACAUGUUAAACAUUUAUUCUUGUGGAUUUAGUAAAACAUUUAUGAUCUGAGAGAUAUUCAAGCUUUCAAUUUUUAACACCAAAAUAACCUGCUGACUUUGUUUGAUCAAGUGUAUAUAGUCCUAACACGAUUAUUAACAUGAGGUACCAGUGCUUCUUGGUGAUAUUCUUAGAAUAUGUUCUUCUUGAUUUGAAAGGUGUAAUAUUGGCAUCGACGGAUCAUAGAUUAUAUCGCAGCGGUCGCCAUGUUUGUAUGCAGCAGACACAACAAGCUCAACCUGUUCCAAUCAGACAAUCCUACUGGAGAUCCGUACACAGACAAGUCCAGGAACCCUGUAGCAAUGGAUAUGGUUUAUGUCCCAGAUUUCGGGUUGUAUAUCAGCGUGCUUUUAGAACAGUAUUUCGUAUGAGAAUAAAUGUAAAGUUAGAGCCUAAAUGUUGUCCUGGUUGGGAAAGGUCGUCACCUCAUGAACAUGGCUGUUUAAAACCCAUAUGUAAAGAUGGUUGUAUCAGUGGUACCUGUACAGGACCCAACACCUGUUCGUGUAAGGAAGGGUGGACCGGUAUAAACUGUGAACGAGAUGUUGAUGAAUGUGAGGGAAAACAUGGCUGUUCACAGGAAUGUUUAAAUCAGCAGGGAAGUUAUGAAUGCGCCUGUUCUGAUGGCUUCACCUUAGCUCCAGAUAUGAAAAGUUGUACAUUUUGUAUGUCGUGUACUAAAGAAUAUCGAGAAAUGCAGGAUACCAUAGGGACGUUAUCACGUAAAGUACGUUCUAUAGAAGACGUAAAGAUAGGUAGACCGAGUGGAGGAGAAAGGGCUAUGAAAGAUAUGGCUAUCUCAAUAACAGAACUAAAAGCGAAGGUGACAACGUUGGAAAAAGAAAAGAAUAUGUUGAUGGGGAAUUUAACACAUCUAGAAAAGAAUUAUAAAAAUGCUAUGGUAGCCAUGGACGAGAUUAAAUCCUUUACUCAUCCGGCUCAAAUACCAACAACAGCUAAACCUUAUAAUUUAAAUCCGUAUGCAGCUAAUCCUGAUGCCAUGCCGUUUGAUAGAGUAGCAUCUUUAAGUGAACAGAUCUCGUUACUAGAAGAACGACUGGAAGGAUGUACGUGUAAAGAUUAUGAAGAUUAUAACGGUAAACAACGCGACAGUUUUCGUGGUUAAUCAUGGAUUACCCUUGAAUCCCAUUGUAGAGAGAGGACGUACAAAGUAAUACGCAAAUCAUUGUUUCGGAUUAUAAUAACUAAAAAUCAAAAUAUUGCAUAGCAAGAACAAGAGUGCGAAAAGUGUCAAUGGUUAUCGUUCGCAAUAUUUACAUGUUGCAUUUUAUUUCAUGUUUUAUGUAAAUAUUAAAACGACUUGGAAUGAUUAUAAAAACUUAUAAGCGGCGACAAACCAGGAUUUUCUUUCGGGUUAGAACGUUUUUGAAUACAAAGUUUCUGAUGUGGUCCUUCAAGUAAUAAACACAAAGCAAACACGUGACAUGGAGUGCGAAAAUGUUGUUAUUCACGAGAUGGGAACGAAAUGGUAACCGUGGCAAUUAACAUUGCUAGUCACGUCACGUCACGUUUGAAAACCCAUUACAAAAUAUUGUGUUGGUAUUAACCAUGGUGAUGGGGUGGUAGUAAAUGACAUUGCUAGCAAUACCUCGUUGGAUAUUUCAUUACAUGUUGAUAUCAGUGUCCUUCGUCUUGUCUCAAGAUAUUUUAUUACCUAUCUUGAGCAGUUGUCUCAAUUUUUCCUGACUGGGCUUGACUUUCAUUAUUGAUCAAUAUAUUAACAAAUGUGAAUCGAUAUUUAAAAAUAUAGAUGAAGGGACAAUGCUCUGUGGAGGACCUGUAUAGCAUAUGGUAUAAUAUAUUUAUAGAGAGCCUUAUGUCGAACAUCGAUCAGCUACUCAGUACCUAGAUACUUGAAGGAUUGCCCUAUCUUAUGGAAUUAUUUCUGCAACAUGUCAUUCUGUGUAUGCUGGAUGGAAUGUUAGAGAUAGGAGCAAUUGAGAAAGACAACGAGGACAUUGUGACAAUUUGAUCAAGACUACAUAAACAAUUAUAUAGCUAGUUUAUCCAAUAUUACCUCUACAACAAUGUUCACCCAGUCUUGAAUGGCCAGAUUAUAUCGAGAUAUACCCAUCAUUAUCUCUACCUCAAAACAUCCUUAUAGAUAUUAUGUAUCCAGAUAACGACGUGGAUCACCAUGUGUUGAUUAUAAAGGAGAAUUCUCAGAUGGUAUAGGCAUUUUAAACCGUUAUCAGAGUUUUGAACAUUAUUAGAGGUUUAAACCGUUAUACGAGGUUUAAACUGUUCUAAGCGGUUUAAACUGUUAUUAGAAGUUUAAACUGUUAUUAGAGGUUUAAACUGAUAUUAAAGAUUUAAACUGUUAUAAGGGGUUUAAACUGUUAUUAGAGGUUUAAACUGUAAAAUGAGGUUUAAACUGUUUUAAGUUUAAACUGUAAAAUGAGGUUUAAACUGUUUUAAGUUUAAACUGUAAAAUGAGGUUUAAACUGUUUUAAGGGGUUUAAAUUUUUAUAAGAAGUUUGAACUGUUGUUAGAAUUUCAAAUUAUAUAAGAGGUUUAAACUAUUAAACUGUUCUAGGAGGUUUAAACUGUUAUUAGAGGUGUAAACUGUUCUAAGAGGUUUAAACUGUUAUCAGAGGUGUAAACUGCUAUAAACUGUUUAAAGGGGGUUUAAACUGGCCUAAGAGGUGUAAACUGCUAUUAGAGGCUUAAACUGUUACUACAGAUUUAAAUGUUUAAGUUCUAUAUUUUGCCUGCCUUGUUGAUAUAAUUGGUUUGGUGCAAUGCAUAAAGGCGGCUCGGUAUAAAUACUCGUGUACAUCGGAAUUGUUCUACUGAAAUAAACUUUAACUUACAUUGCUAACCGAUUUGAUACCCUUGUUCAACAACUGUUUCCGGUGAGCAAAGAGUGAUGUGAGUUGGUAAAAUAAAUUUGCAGUAGCAGUAGUCAUUGUGCAGAACUAUAUAACAAUACAAACAAGCGUGAAUUCAUUCUAAAGAAAGAGAUGUCAGGUGUUCUAGAAAGAGUUGAGAUAUAUCGCCCACUCCUCACCCCCUCACGUUCAGGACACGUGCCAAUGGUUUAGACAGGACUAGGGAAGUUGAUAGCUACGAUAAUUAAAUAUAGUGCAUCUUGUAUAUUAUAUUGUUGUUAUAGCAUUUUGUAUCAGAAUUGUUAACUUCUAGCCUAUAUGCAUCGAUACAAAUGUAUGAACAGCAAAGUUAGAUAAUGGUUGGUUGGGGCUAAGAGGAAUAGUAUAAACACGAUAGUAAAGAUACGAUAAUUAAAUAUAGUGAAUCUUGUAUAUUAUAUUGUGGUUAUAGCAUUUUUAAUCAAAAUUGUUAACGUGUAGCCUAUAUGCAUCGAUACAAAAGUAUGAACAGCAAAAUUAGAUAAUGGUUGGUUGGGGCUAAGAGGAAUAGUUUGGACCGGAAGCGGAAGUCUAUAAACACGAUAGUUAUAUAUAGUUCCGCUUGGAUAUUAUAUAGUUGUUGUAGUAUUUUUAAUCAACAUUGUUAACUUGUAUAUAUGGAUACACACGUAUGUACAACCCAAGUUAGAGAAUUGGUUGGUUGGGGCUAGAGUGAAUAGUUUAGACCGGAAACGGAAGUCUAUACAUGAAUCACCCAUUCCAAAAAAAGGGAGUGUCACUGUUGCAUUGUGGGAGAUCGGUGAGCAAACUACUCGUAGGCCGCCAUUAGCUUGCAUUGGAUUUUCCUGACCAAAUUUCGAUAAACGCCGAUUUUACGUUAAUUUUAGUGAUGGGGGAUAUUUCAUAUGAUGUGAUAGAGACACAGAUGGUUGAUGCACGUAAAGAAUACCUCAGAAAGCACAUUCUGAAGUAUACACAUCGCAAAAAGGUAAAAUGAAAACUCCAAAACAAGCAGCUGUCAAAAUUUAACCUUCCUAUCAAUCAGCUGAUCGCUGUCACUUUAGCAGGUCAAUACUCAAACUGUGAGUGUACAGUGUUGCAUAGAAAUAAAUAGCACAGGGUACAUUAAGAAUGCUUAAUAAAAAAACAUGUUUAUUACGUUCAGUAUUAUUCAUUUAAAUAUUUUAAAAUUAAUUACUAUUAUUACUUGUAUGGUUAAGUUUUGACAGCUGUUUGUUUUGAAAUUUUAAUUUUACCUUUUUGCGAU